UUCCAGUGCCUCCCUAAUGGUUCGAUGGCUGAAGUCUGUUUUAACUAUACAUGCAUCCUACCUUUCCACAUUGCCAGACCUUGUUCCUCAGCUGGGAAUGCUAUACCAGUUAAUGGAGAGCAGAGUAAAAACUUUGCAAAAACUCUCCCGUCUGCAUGGAAGACUGUUCAUUCUUGUCACCCAGGUUGCAGCAGCGGAAGCAGUUCAGGAUGUCACCGAGAUGAAUCAGACUGCAAAGCUGGUAUAUGAGGAUGAAUCCUCAGAGGAGGAAGGCUCAGAUGAUGAGAUGAUUGCAGAUAAAGAGUCUGAUGAAAACUGGGAUGAAGACGAAGAAAAAGAGGAGCAAUCUGAUGAACAAGACAUGACUGUUGAAAAGGAGAUCAAUGGUGAUUCUGAUUUGGAACCAGAAAAUGAAAGUGAGGAAGAAUAACAGCACAGAAGGAUAAUUUUAACAGUUUAAACAAGUGGGCCACCAAACUCUUUAAUUCUGGAUCAUCUUGCGGAAAGAUGCCAUAUUUGCAUAUCGGGAGUGCAGACUUGUGCACAGCCUAUGUGCAGAGGCACCUGUGGGGCAUGGUGCAUUUCUGAAUCCAGAAUGCUUAACCAUGCCAGCCUUCUCUCGCCCUAUUUCCCUGCGCUUACUUAUAGAAACAUUUCUUCCGCCUCAUGGUCAGAUUAUGCCUGUCAUGUGGACAUGCAUUUGUAUCUCAAGUGAAAUAAAUCUGCCACCACUGUUUGUGUGGUAAACUUGGUUCAGCUUUAUAUUGAAUUUGUUUGCUAUUCGAGGAUCAAAGACAACCGGUCUGUACCUUCUUCCCAUGCUUCAGUUAGCGUAGCAAGUGGGGGCAUCCUGCUGCAUUUUUAUAAAAAUGAAA